CAGGAAAUAGGUGUAAUGUACAUAUACUGUGCUCUAACCUCCUUUCUCUCUACUUUCUCUCUACAGAUAAAGCAGCCAUUUCAACCUGCUCUGAGAACCAACACGAUGGCGCUGUUGCCAGUGUUGCUGUUCCUGAAUGCUGUCUUGCUUCCGUUCUUUCCUGCAAAUGGACAGGGGUUAUUCUUUGGGAAUACACUGAAUCUGUGGGAUAGGAAGAUAACUUAUCCCAGAGUGCCAUAUCUGAUGGGUGAGAUGGUAUCUCAACCCAUUGUGCCGUACAUGAUGCAAGGGAAGGUAACUCAACCCAUUGUGCCGUACAUGAUGCAAGGGAAGGUAACUCAACCCAUUGUGCCAUAUGUGACGGAGGGGAAGGUAACUCAACCCACUGUGCCGGAUCUGAUGGAGGGGAAGGUAACUCAACCCAUUGUGCCGGAUGUGCCGAAGGGGAAGGUAACUCAACCCAUUGUGCCGGAUGUGCCGGAGGGGAAGGUAACUCAACCCAUUGUGCCGGAUGUGCCGAAGGGGAAGGUAACUCAACCCAUUGUGUCGGAUGUGCUGAAGGGGAAGGUAACUCAACCCAUUGUGCCGGAGGGGAAGGUAUCUCAACCCAUUGUGCCAGAUGUGACGGAGGGGAAGGUAACUCAACCCAUUGUGCCGGAUCUUGUGGAGGGGAAGGUAACUCAACCCACCGUGCCAGAUGUGAUGGAGGGGAAGGUAACUCAACCCACUGUGCCGGAUCUGAUGGAAGGGAAGGUAACUCAACCCAUUGUGCCAGAUCUGAUGGAAGAGAAGGUACUUCAUACCAAUGCACCGAAUUUGAGGGAUGAGAAGGAUCCAGCCUUUACUGCUUUGUUAACCAAUCAAACACAAGUGCAAAGAGAGAUUGUAAAUAAACACAAUGAACUGAGGAAAUCGGUCUCUCCACCUGCCAGCAACAUGCUAAAAAUGGAAUGGAGCGGAGAAACAACAGCAAAUGCCCAAAGGUGGGCAAACAAGUGCACAUUACAUCACAGUAACCCAGAAGAACGAAAAACCAGUACAAAGUGUGGUGAGAAUCUCUACAUGUCAAGUAACCCUACUGCCUGGCCAAAUGCAAUUCAAAGCUGGUAUGAUGAGGGUAACAAUUUCAUCUAUGGUGUAGGACCAACAAGUCCCAGUGAUGUUGUUGGACAUUAUACCCAGGUUGUUUGGUACUCAUCUUACCUUGUUGGAUGUGGAAUUGCCUAUUGUCCCAAUCAAGACCGUCUAAAAUACUACUAUGUUUGCCAAUACUGUCCUGCUGGUAAUAAUGUGGAUAAAAUUCAUACCCCUUACCAAGAAGGGGCACCUUGUACCAGUUGUCCUGAUAACUGUGACAAUGGACUAUGCACCAAUAGUUGUGAGUAUGAAGAUCUCCUUAGUAACUGUGGUUUCUUGAAGACAACAGCUGGCUGUAAAAGUGAAUUGCUUAAGAAAAAAUGCAAGGCUACUUGUCUAUGUGAAAACAAAAUUUACUGAAAUGCCCAAUGCAUUCUGCAGGUCUAAGUGAGGAAGGGCUGCAUCAUUUGAUUGACAACACACCAGAGGAGGAAUUGUAGCAUGCUAGUUACAAAUAUGAUUCCAAAGAGCCAUGCAUCUUCUCCUGGAUUUUUACUGAAAUCUCUUUCAUACAGUGAUUUACAAAAGCAAAGUAGUCUAUGAUAACAACCUUGGACUUUGAUACAGAUUCAGUCUUUUCAACUUAAUGAAUUGAAUCAAGUUGAGGAUUUUUAAACUUAUAGAACUAAAAGACUUUGGUCACUAGAAUUUUAAAGUGGAGAAUUACAAAAUUACACUCCAAAAAAAUAAAAAGAACUGUAACAAAAAUGAAAGGCUAACAGCAUUAUCUUCUACUACAUGAUUUUUACCUGCAUAAAGAAUGAAUUCAAAGACUGACCCCUUACCUUUGUGUUAUGACCUCCUUUUAAACAGAAGUAAUCAACUUUUAGAAAUAAAGAACUCAUCAAAGCAACCACAAGA